AUGUCAAAGUUUAAGAGCAUUCCUUCAAAGAUAGGAGAUCUAGUUAGAAAGAAUAGAGAUAAGGGCGAUAAAUAUGAAAAAAAUCUAGAGAAUUAGCAAAAGGAGCUAUAAAAGAUGAUAGAAGAGAAAUAAUUCAUCAAGAGAAAUGUUAAGUAGGUGCUCGAACUAAGCAAGUAAACCACGGAUAACAGAAAGACAAUUGAAUAAUUGCAUAAGCAGAUCAAGCAAAAAGAGGAUAGUGUGGUUUACGGCAAACUGCCAAAGUAUUUGCUAGAUAAAAGAGCCUAGGAGGAGGUUGAAAAAUAGCAGACAUUGAAGGAAAUUGCUAUGAACAAGAGGCCACCUGGAACAAGAAUACUAGAUGAUAAUGACAAAAAUGAUAUAUUAGACGAUUUACUCAGAUAAGAGGAAAAUUUAAAGCAGAGGAUUGAAAGAGUAUGUAUAUCUCAAGUCACUUUGAGGGCAAAGAAUGAGUACAAAUCGCUUUUUGACUAGAGUUACUAUAAAAACAGGGAGAGUAUUUAGCCUCCCCAAGUAGAAUGGGUAUGCACUAUUUUUAGUGUAUUUUUAUGCUCAUAAUGUGCUGGCUUGCAUAGAAAACUGGGCCGAUAGUUAAGUGAAAUUAAAUCCAUGAGAUUUUUAUCUCCUUAUGCUAGCUAAGCCUGGACUGAAAGAGAGCUUAGAUAGCUUACACUAACUGAAGGAAAUGUUGGCUUUAGAGAUUUUAUCCUGCCUUAUAACAUCAACUUUGAUGGAAUAGAUAAAUAGAUUAACAAAAGAUCUAACAUGAACUCAAGUUCAUAUUAAGAUGAUAUGAUGAUGCCAGAUACUUUGUCAAUUGAAGAUGCUAGAUAAUAAAUCUUUGAGCAAUCUGCUGAUGAUGAUAGACUUGCUACUUUUGAAGAUUCUUAAACUGAAUAUACAGUUCUAUAAUACAGAUAGGGUGAAGAAUAAUUUGAUAAGAUAGUCUAGAUUGCACUAAUUGAUCCCAAUGAUGCAAAAAGAUUCGAGGAAAAUAUGCAAAAUAGGUUUAAUGAAAGAGGGCAGACAGUGAAGAUUUCAGAUAUGGAUUUAACAAACAAAAUAUAAAUUGAGCCAUCUGAUGUGAUACCUAAGAAAUCAAUGACUUCUGCAGAGAGUUAAAAAAUUAGAGAAUCCUCAUUUUUUGGGGACAUAUUUUCCAAAGCAAAAAAUGUUGAAAAAGUCAUUGAUAAAUCGGUGGAAGGACUUAAAAAGAUGGAAAUCAAGGAGUUUGAAAAAUCUAUGGUAAGCAAGGGAAGAUAACUAUUUUCAAAGUUCUUUUGA